UUAUUCUCGAUCUCAAGUCACGAGUCUAUAACAAAUUUCUUUUGGAAUUUACUUUCUUCUUUGUAUAAAAAAAAUCUUUUGGAAGACCCAAAAAUUCCCAACAAAGAUAGUUGUAUAUUCGUUGAGGACCGUUCUACUAACCCACCUUCUACUUUAAUCACCUUUAUAUAUACGUAUUAACCACAUAAUCAAGUUUAAAACCACAAGGACUCUUAAACCGGAAAUUAUUUCAAAAUCAACAAUGACACGUUGUGUUGGUUUGGUUAACCGUGGAACAGAAGAAGAGGAGAAACAAGAAGCAAACGAACCUGAACACGAUGGCGAGGGAAGUAGUGAAGAAGACGGCGAAGAUGAUCUGUUCGAGAUAAACCUGGAGGCCGUCAGUGAUACGGCCACAUCUCCACCGUAUGAUUGCCAGAGAUUACCGGCGAGAACAGGUAGCGUUUUACUGGCCAACUGUCUAUUACCAGCUGCCGAAAUCUCUAAUGCCGUACCGGCAACAUCAAGAGGUUGGAGUGAUUUGGUUUGGUCUAGAGGGGUUCUCUAUGUUGAUAAUCAAAGAAUUGAGAGUAAGAAUACUUAAUCAGAUGUAUAUCUUACAAUUUUACCUUGAAACACAAAUACGUAUCUUAUAGACACUUGAGAGAUAAUCUUGUCAAUAUAUGCAAGUGUUACGAGUGUUUAAUCAGAUGGUUUAUCACUAUCUGGAUAUCAUGGAAGAACUAGGUGAGUAUGAGUAUAUAUGGUUUCCUUUGACAAGAUCCUGGUAAGGGAGAGACCAAGCCGCCUAAAAGUUUGGUUUCAAUUGAGUCCAAGGAUCGAAAUUGUAGGGUAUGUCUUAAGUACAUCCACCAGAUAUAUCAGAAAUUUUACAUCUUUACAUUGUA